AAGCCGCUGAAGAAGGUAGUUGUCAACAUGUCCCUCAGUGGCUCCUACACUGCCGCUGUCAACGACGCCGUCAAGGCCGCCACCGAUGCUGGUCUCACCGUCGUCGUUGCUGCCGGCAACUUCAACGACGACGCCUCUCUCUACUCGCCCGCUUCUGCUCCCUCUACCAUCACUGUCGGUGCCGUUGACGCUACCAACUACCGCACUUGGUUCUCCAAUUAUGGCUCCUUGGUCGACAUCUUUGCGCCCGGUAGUGGUAUCCUCAGCUCGUGGCACCUCAGUGACUCUGCCAGCAGGUACCUUGCCGGCACGAGCAUGGCCUCGCCGCAUGUUGCUGGUCUCGCUGCGUACUUCAUCUCCAAGGAGGGAAUCCAGGGUUCCGCUGCUGUCACCAACAGCAUCCUCAGCGCUGCCGUCACCAACGUUGUUGCUGACCCUCAGGGCAGCAACAACCGUCUUGCUUACAAC